GCGGCCAGCCAGAUCCGCCAUGUCCGGCCCCGACGCACCCAUCCCCACACUGCGCCCCUUCCUGCCUCUUUGCUAGACUACCUACGUGUAGCUUAAUUAGCCCCAAAAACCAAUUAAUCCAGUUGCACUACUACUCAUCAGCCAUCACGUACUGAUGAUCGAUGGCCACAAGGAGGAGGAGGGUGCUCUUCCCGCUCAGGCGGCCACGGCCGCUCCCGCAACGACGUAACCUCCUUGCGGGCCUCGCCGCCGCAACCGCGGUGACCCUCCUCUUCACCGUCCUCAUGCUCCUCUUCCCACCCCGCUACGACGACGACAACAUCCACACAACAUCCUCGAGCUCGCGUAACAUCCCGCCUCUUCACUGCCGCGGCGCGAGCCAGCAGCAGCUAGGGGAAUUCGGCGAAAUGAUGGUGUCCAUGCUCCCCAGGGACCUGGCCUUCACCGCCUUCGUGCCCUCGCCGGAAUCUUUCCGCCGCGUCCUCAAUCUGCGGCCGCCCAACGACAGCGUGGCUCGUGAUGGGACGAAGAAGAAGGCCGCCAGCGACGACGCCACCUACGCCGUCGUCUCUCGCGUGCUCGGCUUCUCCGCGAUCCCUCGAGCGCUGCGGUCCGCGGACGUGCCUCUGCGCGAGCCGGCGCGGCUCCUGGACUCCGUGUCUGGAUUGAGGAUUUACGCGUGGAGGGACGAAGUCGACGGGGCUCUCGUCGUCAACGGCGUGCGGUCCGAGUGCGUCGAUAUCGUCAGGGGCGAGACGGUGGUCCAUGUUAUGGCGGGGGUCCUCAUGGAUGCCGAGUUCCAGCGGUCUUUCGCUUACGAAUUCGAGGAUUAGCAGUUUAGUACCUCAUCGAGCCUCCUGUUAUUUACUCACUCCGCUCUUAUCGUCUACAGCAUGCGUUUACUGUUGCCGACUCAAGUCAAAAUUUGUAAAGUUCGACCAAAUUUUUACGAAAAUGAACAAAUAUUAUACUCCCUCCGUCUAACAAAAGAUGUCUCAAAUUUGUCAAAAUUUAGAUGUAUCUAGACAUGACUUAGUGUAUAGAUGCAUUCAAAUUUAAUUAAAGUUGAGACAUACUUUGUUGGACGGAGGAAGUAUGAAAAAAAAAUGUACUCCCUCUUAUUCACAAAAA